AUGGAUAUUCUGGUGGCUUGUGCUUGUUGGGUUUGGAAAGGAUGUCUUCAUACUGCAGGUCAUGACAGUAAAACUUGGGACCUUGCCAUUGCGGAAGAAUUUGAGCCUGUCCCUCGUCUUUGUCGCUAUAUUUCAUAUGUGUAUAAAGAUGAUUCUAGUACGGAACCCCCUGGUGGCUAUGGAGUCAACCCUGAUUGGUUAGUACUCAGAAGGACAUACAAAGAAACAGAAGGGCGGGUACCACCCUAUAUACUGUAUAUUGAUCGUGAUCAUGAUGAUAUAGUCCUUGCCAUUAGGGGACUAAAUUUGGCAAAGCCGAGUGACUAUGCGGUUCUGUUUGAUAAUAGAUUGGGGAAGGGAGUGUUUGAUGAGGGCUAUGUUCAUAAUGGGCUGUUGAAGGCUGCUGGAUGGGUUUUGGAUGCUGAAUGUGAAGUUUUGAGGGAAUUGGUAGAGAGGUAUCCAAACUAUUCUCUGACUUUUGCUGGACAUUCCCUUGGAUCAGGAGUAGCUGCAAUGUUGAGCAUGUUGGUGGUGCAGAAUCGAGAAAGACUUGGAAAUAUCGAGAGGAAGAGAGUCAGGUGCUAUGCUAUUGCACCUGCUAGGUGUAUGUCACUGAAUUUGGCAGUCAGAUAUGCAGAUGUCAUCAACUCUGUUGUGCUUCAGGAUGACUUCUUACCAAGGACAGUCACUCCAUUGGAAGCUAUAUCCAAGUCUGGUUUCGGUUUGCGAGACUUAUUGUCCUUGAGUUGCAUGAGGGACACAUGUAUACCAGAGGAGAAGAUGCUGAAAGAUCCAAGGAGACUCUAUGCACCCGGUCGCCUCUAUCACAUUGUUGAGAGAAAGCCUUUCACAAUGCGAAGGUUUCCCCCAGUUGUGAGGACAGCAGUGCCAGUAGAUGGAAGGUUUGAGCAUACAGUCCUUUCUUGUAAUGCUAUAUCUGAUCAUGCCAUUUUUUGGAUAGAGAAAGAAGCUCAAUUGGCUGUGAAUUUGAUGCGGGAGAAAGAUACUAGCAUGGAAGUACCUGCAAAGCAAAUCAUGGAGAGGCAGGAACCAUUAACUAGACACAGUCAAGAAUACGAAGCAGCAUUACAAAGGGCUAAAACAUUAGAUGUUCCACAUGCUUUUACACCACCAUCACAGUAUGGAACUUUUCAUGAGGAGGGAGAGGAAAGUUCAAGAAGGUCACAGGCUGAGUCUUCGUUUAGUCCAACCAAUAGGAAUGCAGUGGAUAAAACAUGGGAUGCAUUAAUUGAGCGUCUUUUUGAUACGAAUGAGCAUGGCCGCAUUGUGAUCAAGAAACAAUGA